AGCCCUACGGUCAGCGAUCGACUGUCGCUAGCAGUUGCUAUUUGGUGGUUCUAGGCAAUUGUGCUACACGUGGUGUGUAAUAAAAAAAAUUCAGUACUGUUUCAGAAUUAUUAGAUUUUCAAUAGUGAUCCAAUAAUGAUGCUGAAACUUAAAGUCAAUGCUAAUAAUCCACCAACAGAUGCAUUAAUAACAGUAGAAGUAGUUAAUUAUGAAAAAAAAGAAAUCGAUAUAGUGUGGUGUAAUGACUGGAAAGACAGUGGAAAUCUUAAAUUAUUAGAUUCCAAUGAUCAAUUGCUAGCAGAAAGUGGCAAUGAAGUUAUCCGUUAUAUCGGUAGAACUAUUGCAAAAGAUUUAUAUGGUAAUUUAGAUAUUCGUGAUAGGACACAAGUAGAUCAUUGGUUGUCGUUUGCUAUAGGACCAUUAUGUCAAUCAUCAGUCAAAAAUGAAACUCUUUCCUACUUAAAUAAAAUAUUGAUGACAAAUACAUGGCUGGUAAAUAAAAGAUUAACAGCAGCAGACAUUUCUGUUUUCUGUGUUCUUUUAAAUUUAUUAUAUUUGGAAAAAUAUGAAAAAUUAUAUCCUUGUAUAACCAGAUGGUAUAAACAAAUGCUCUCUUUGCCACCUGUUAUACGGACAUUGUCCUCCAUUAAAGAUAAUAAAAUAAUAAUAGGAAAUAUUAUACAAGUUGAAGAAACAAUGAAUAAGAAAGUAGGUGCAAGAAAACAAGAGGGUAAAUUUAUUGAUUUACCAGGGGCAGAAAUGGGAAAAGUAGUUGUACGUUUUCCACCAGAAGCAAGUGGUUAUCUUCACAUUGGUCAUGCUAAAGCAGCACUUUUGAAUCAGUAUUAUGCAGAAACUUUUAAAGGACAAUUAAUUAUGAGAUUUGACGAUACAAAUCCUGCAAAAGAAAAUUUAGAGUUUGAAGAAGCUAUAUUAGAAGAUAUAAGAUUAUUAAAUAUUAAGCCUGAUCGAUUUACUUAUACAUCGGAUUAUUUUGAUUCAAUGCUUGAUUAUUGUACAAAGUUAAUUAAAGAUGGUAAAGCAUUUGUAGAUGAUACACCUGCUUUGCUUAUGAAAGAACAACGUGAUCAAAAGUUGAAGUCAGCAAACAGAGAUAAUUCCAUUGAGAAGAACUUGAAAUUGUGGAACGAAAUGCAGAAAGGUACUGUGAAAGGUCAAGAAUGCUGUGUACGAGCCAAGAUAGAUUAUGAGUCAGUAAAUGGAUGCUUACGAGAUCCAACAAUUUAUAGGUGUAAACCAGAACCACAUCCCCGUACUGGAACAAAAUACAAAGUAUACCCAACAUAUGAUUUUGCUUGCCCAAUUGUGGAUGCUGUUGAAAAUGUCACACAUACAUUACGUACAACUGAAUAUCAUGAUAGAGAUGUUCAGUAUUAUUGGAUAAUUGAAGCAUUAGAAUUACGUAGGCCACACAUAUGGGAAUAUUCGCGUUUAAAUAUGACGAAUACUGUUUUAUCUAAACGUAAAUUAACAUGGUUUGUUGAAGAAGGUUUAGUGGAUGGUUGGGAUGAUCCACGUUUUCCUACUGUAAGAGGUAUCUUGAGAAGAGGUAUGACUGUAGAUGGUUUGAAGCAAUUCAUUAUUGCACAAGGCAGUUCUAGAUCAGUUGUUUUUAUGGAAUGGGAUAAGAUAUGGGCUUUUAAUAAGAAAGUAAUUGAUCCAAUUGCCAUUAGAUACACUGCAUUGGAUUAUGAUAAAACUGUCCCAGUUAAUGUUUUGGAUAGCAAAGAAGAAUGGGUGACUGUUCGAAAUCAUCCAAAAGAUCCAUCAUUAGGUACUAAAUGUGUACGAGUAGGUUCAAAAAUAUUGAUAGAAAAAGAUGAUGCAGAAGCAUUAGUUGAAGGACAAAAUGCAACAUUCGUUAAUUGGGGUAAUUUAAAAAUUGAAGCAAUACAUAAAAAGAAUGGUGUUAUUGAGAGUAUAGAUGCUAGACUUAAUUUAAGUGAUGAGAACUAUAAAAAUACAUUAAAGAUUACUUGGCUACCUGCACCACAAAAUUUUAAGGAUUUAAUACCAUGUUACACUGUUUAUUUUGACCAUAUUAUAAGUAAGCCAGUUUUGGGAAAAGAUGAUGAUUUCAAAGAUUUUGUGGCCAAAGAUACAAGAGUAGAAAUACGAAUGUUGGGUGAGGCAGAAUUACAUAGAGUGAAAAAAGGAGAAAUAAUUCAAUUGCAAAGAAAAGGAUUUUUCAGAUGUGAUGUACCCUAUGCUGAUAUAAGUCCUUUCUGCUGCAAAGAGCAACCUUUAAUUCUAUUUCAUAUACCAGAUGGUCAUACUGCUUCUAAAUCUACAAAGGCAAAUGUUGAUAGUAAAUCAAGUGUUUCAAAAACUGAACAAAAAGAUGUGAACAUAAAUGAUAAAAUUAUUACUCAAAGUUCUGAAGAAAUACAAAAACAAGGUGAUAAAGUGAGACAAUUAAAAGCUGCAAAAGCAAGUAAGGAUAUAAUUGAUCAAGAAGUAAAAAUUCUCUUAAAUUUAAAAUCCGAAUACAAAAUCGCAACAGGGCAAGAAUGGAAACCAGUCAAGUCUGAAAAAACUAAUGCAACCAUAAAUUCAGCAUCUGCGAAUAAAACUAAUGAGAAGUUAUCCGAAGAAAUACAAAAACAAGGUGAUAAAGUAAGACAAUUAAAAGCUGCAAAAGCAAGUAAGGAUAUAAUUGAUCAAGAAGUAAAAAUUCUUUUAAGUUUAAAAUCCGAAUAUAAAACUGCAACAGGCCAAGAGUGGAAACCAGAUAAAUCUCAAACAGAGAAUAUCAAAUCAGAGAAUAACGAAAUUACAACUAACGAUAAAAUAUCAGUAAAAAUAUUAGAACAAGGCAAUAAAGUAAGGCAAUUAAAAAGUUCAAAAGCAGAACAAUCUAUUAUCGAUAGAGAAGUUAAAAUUCUUUUGAGCUUAAAAAAUGAUUAUAAAACAGUAACUGGUCAUGAUUGGAAGCCAAAAUGUGAUGUGUCACCUAAAAAGAAAAAUAAAGAUGGAUCUGAGAAAAGUGGAAAGAAAUCUGAUAAAGAUAUGACAAAUAAUGAAACAAAGAGUAAAGAUACAGAUACUAAUAAAACUGGGACGAGAUUAGGAUUAGAAGCACAGAAAGAAGAAAACUUUGCUGAUUGGUAUUCUCAAAUUAUUACGAAGAGUGGAAUGAUCGAAUAUUAUGAUGUAUCAGGUUGUUAUAUUCUUCGUCCAUGGAGUUAUGCGAUUUGGAAGACGAUAAAGGAACACUUUGAUAAACAAAUAUCAAAAUUAGGAGUACAAGAAUGUUAUUUUCCAAUUUUUGUUACACGAGCAGCACUUGAAAAGGAAAAAGCGCAUAUUGCAGAUUUUGCUCCAGAAGUUGCAUGGGUUACCAAAUGUGGAGAUUCUGAUAUUGCAGAACAUAUUGCUAUUCGACCUACUUCAGAAACAGUCAUGUAUCCAGCAUUUUCUAAAUGGUUAAGAUCAGACACAGAACUUCCACUUAGACUCAAUCAAUGGAGUAAUGUUGUGAGAUGGGAGUUUAAAGAUCCUAAACCAUUUUUACGUACCAGAGAAUUUUUAUGGCAAGAAGGACAUACAGCUUUUGCUAAUAAAGAGGAUGCUGAAAAAGAAGUUUUAAUAAUUUUAGAUAUGUAUGCCAACAUAUAUGAAGAGUUACUAGCUGUACCAGUAGUUAAAGGCCGUAAAACUGAAAAAGAAAAAUUUGCUGGUGGUGACUAUACAACUACUGUAGAAGCAUUUAUUUCAACUAGUGGAAGAGCAAUACAAGGUGCUACUAGUCAUCAUCUUGGACAGAAUUUUUCAAAAAUGUUUAAUAUUCAGGUUGAAGGGGCAGUUGAGGGAAAAGAAAAGAUUUAUGUUUAUCAGAACUCCUGGGGUAUGACCACUCGUACUAUUGGAGUUAUGAUAAUGGUACAUGGGGAUGACAAAGGUUUAGUAUUACCGCCAAAUGUAGCUUCGAUUCAAGCUAUAAUUAUACCAUGCGGUAUUACUGCAACUACUACUGUACAACAGAGAGAUCAAUUGAUGUCAGAAUGUCUUAAACUAGAGAAUGAUUUAGGCAAAGAUGAGUCCCUUAGAAUUAAAUCUGAUUAUGCAAAUAAUCGUACACCAGGAUGGAAAUUUAAUCAUUGGGAAUUGAAAGGUGUACCUGUAAGGAUUGAAUUAGGUCCUAAAGAUCUGGAAAAAAAUCAAGUGACAUUUGUACGUAGAGACAAUAAUCAGAAAAUGACAGCAAGUAGAACGGAAGCGGUAGAUUUUUUACGCAAUUUACUUACUGAGAUACAAUCUAAUAUGUUUAACAAAGCAAAGAAGAACUUAGAAGAUCAUAUUAAGAAAGUAGAAAAAUGGGAACAGUUUUCUGUGGAAUUAAAUAAAAAAAAUUUAUUACUAUCGCCAUUCUGUGGAGAACCAUCAUGUGAGGAUAAUAUUAAAGCAGACAGUGCGAGAGGUGAUGUCAGUGAAGAAGCAGGAGCAUUGGCAAUGGGUGCGAAAAGUCUGUGUAUACCUUUCGAACAACCACAAACUUCUAUACCAUUAGAUAAUUUGAAGUGUAUUCAUCCAAGUUGUAAAAACAAACCCAAAUUUUACACUCUUUUUGGUCGUAGCUAUUAAAUUAAGAUAACUAAAUUUAUCGAUUUGUAUGCUGAGAUAUCUUUGUAGUCCGUUCCUUAAACAUUGAUCUUAUAAACAUUUUCCAUAAAACUACAUUUUAUUACAUGGAGUAUUUAUGUUUUUGCUUUGUUUAGACUCGACAAAAACCUGUUCUGAUGUUAUUAUGACAUUAUAGCGUAUAAAUAAUUUUUGUAUAUGAAUAUGGCCCUAACAUUAAAAGGUUGUAUUUUCUGAUAUUUAUUUAUUGCCAACUAA